AGUGGUAAGGGUAAGCAUGUCCUGUCUGACCCUAAUACUUCUCUUCUUGGGGCUCUUAGAAAUGAAAUUGAGGCUGGUCUGAAGGAUGCUCGUGGUGAUGUAUAUGCUCAUGUUUGUGUAGACUUGAAAGAAAUGGAGUUGAGGUUGGAGAGGAGUAUGAAACUAAGUAUUUUCUCUGCGGUUGCUGAGGCUCUCAGGUCUAGGGAAAUUGUAAAGAGUGUUGUUACUGAGGUUGGGGUUGGUACUUCUGAUCCUUACAGCCAGCCACCCGCUAAUGGUGCAUCUAACCCUGUCAAUCCUGCUAAAGUUGCAUCUAUCCUCGUCAAUCCUGCUGAUGGUGCAUCAUCUCCUGUCUAUCCAACUGCAUCCUCCAACUUGAAUGGUGAAUCUGAAGAGGCUGAAGAUUCUUCCUCUGGGAGUGAGGAUUCCACUAAGUCUCAGGCAUCGGGAGGUACUAUUGAUGGGGAAGGCGGCAGUGUUCCUGAGGCUGCAUUGGAAUCUGAUGGUACUCCUAGCUCGGAGAAGUUCAAGAAGCUAGUUGAGCUACUUGAGCCAAGAUUUGACUUUGAGUAUGGUGGAGGAAUUGUUUUGAAGGAGAGUGAAUUGCGUCUGGUUGCUAGUAGCAUACCCCCUGAUAAUCCCCAGGUUAUGGAUGCUUGUGUCUCUGUAAUGAGAGAAUCUGUCUUCAUUAACACUAAUCCAGCAGCCGUCCCUAGAGCUGAUAUGCUGACAAGCCAUUUCCAUGGUUCUCUUGCUGUUAUGUUCUCUAAAUUCAAGAAGUGUAGGCGCAAAGAGAGUUUUGAAUUUGAUGAAGAUCUGUUGAGCUCAAUAACUCACAGAUUUAGCAGCACUGGAAGGAAAUGGCUUGAAGCCAUAGAUUACCUCUACUCUCCUUUCAACAUUGACAAGAACCGCUGGAUUGCUGUCAUGGUGGACCUGCCCUCGCAUUCACUCUUUGUUUUCGAUUCUACUACUAAUGCCCUUCGUGGAUCCAGACUUAAACCUGAACUGGAGUUCUUAUGUGAGAUAUUUCCAUAUUUGGUUCGUAAGAUUGGUGCGAACGAUCUGAUGAUAAAUUACCCAUUGUCUCCGUUGUCUUUCACUCGCCACACCCGCAUUACACAAGCUUCAGACCGCGCAAACACCGGUAUGCUUUCCCUUCUUUUCAUGGAGGCGCAUGCAUUUGGUGGUUUCGAUAAGGUUUGUCAAGUCUCAGAGGCUGGUCUUCGUCAGCGAGCAGAGCAGCUAGCUGUUCAGUUAUAUGAGCAUUGUUGUGGCGAUAUCGAAGUAUGAAAAGGCUCUGUCUUUCUUCCCUCCUAUCCCUGUAUAACUUUGAACAAUUUCUGUCAUCUCUAUUACCUUUUGGGUUUGUUGUUUCAAAUCUGGACUUGUUUUUCGUAUCUUUAGGAUUUGGGGUAAUACUUUAUGUUAAUGCUGGCUAAGGAAUGUGUUGGACUUUUACUUAAUCUCGACCCUUUAGUGUAACCUUUUUAUUGGACGUAUAUGUUUGUUAUUAGA